AUGGCUGGCCACUACCGCGGCAUCUCUAUCAACCCGAACAAGGCGUUCUCCAAUGACCCUCAAUUUUCGGGAUUCAUGAAGCCUUGUCGCUUCGAAGGAGAAAUCAACUUCUUGGAAGUCGAAGGUAACAUACCUAAAGAACUCGAUGGGACCUUUUAUAGGGUCAUGCCUGAUCCGCAAUUUCCUCCUUUCGUCGACAACGAUCCCUGGUUCAAUGGAGAUGGAAAUAUCAGCGCUUUCCGGUUUGCCAAUGGGAACGUUCACUUCCAGCAACGAUAUGUUCGUACUGAAAAGUUCCUACGGGAAAGGGAGGCAAAGCAAGCUCUCGGCGGCAAGUAUCGAAACAAAUACACUGAUGCAGUCGAAUUCAAGGUCCGCACUACAGCAAACACCAACAUCUUCUACUUCAACAAGAUUCUCUUGGCCAUAAAAGAGGACGCGCCACCAUUCGCAAUGGAUCCUAUCACACUCGAGACGUUUGGGUUGCAUGACUUUAAUGGACAACUACCUAGUCUUACCUUCACAGCUCAUCCAGAACUGGAUCCUAAAACUGGAGAGCUAGUUUGCUUUGGGUACGAAGCCAACGGUGAUGGCACCCCAGAUAUCUGUUAUUAUUCUAUUGACCCUGAUGGCACUUUCAACCAGACUGUGUGGCUGAUUUCACCUGUUGUUGGGAUGAUUCACGAUUUCGCUGUCACAGAGAAUUGGGUACUCUUUCCCAUAAUUCCUCAGAUCUGUGACAUUGAUAGACUCAAACAAGGAGGAGAACAUUGGCAAUGGGAUCCGAAUUGCCCGUUUUAUAUAGGACUCUUGCCUAGACGAGGGGCGAAGGGUUCAGAUGUCAAGUGGUUCAAGGCACCGAACGCGUUUCCUGGUCAUACGACGAACGCGUACGAACUACAUAACGGCAGCAUUGUCUUUGAUCUUCCUCUGACCGAUAAAAACGUUUUCUUCUGGUGGCCCGAUAGAGAUGGCAACGCUCCCGAACCUCAUGAUAUCCAUGCCAAAUAUGUGCGAUUCACCUUGGACCCCAACACUUCAGACCUUCAUCUCCCAGCUCACGACAUUAUCUCAGAAUGCGACAUGGAAUUCCCGAGAAUCGACGACCGAGUCUCCAUGAGACCUCACAGCCACAGUUUCUUUGAUAUGAUGGAUCCCAAGCUUGGAACGGACUUUACUAUCAUCGCUCCCCUGUUAGGCGGUGGUCACCCCUUGUAUAACUCCUUAGGUCAUCUCAAUCACCAAACUGGAGAGUUGGAAGUGUACUUUCCAGGUAAAACCCACAUGGUACAAGAGCCCGUCUUUGUACCUCGAGCAGACGAUGCGCCUGAAGAAGAUUCCAUUAUGUACACCACGUCUUUCGCGUUCUUCGAGGCCCUGGUGGAGGCUGGGGUCAAGAAUUGCUUCGUCAACUUGGGUUCAGACCACCCUAGUAUCUUGGAGGCAAUGGUCAAGGGCCAAAAGGAAAUGCCGGAUACCUUCCCCAAGAUCAUCACGUGUCCGAAUGAGAUGGUGGCUCUGUCCAUGGCAGAUGGCUAUGCCAGACUGAGCGGAGAGGCCCAAUGUGUCAUUGUGCAUGUGGAUGUUGGCACGUCAGCUUUAGCCGCUGCUAUUCAUAAUGCAGCCAUGGGGCGCGCCCCUGUUCUUAUUUUUGCUGGUCUUUCACCGUACACCAUUGAGGGAGAGGUUCUCGGGUCAAGGACGGAGUUCAUUCACUGGAUCCAAGAUGUACCGGAUCAGAAGCAGAUCGUUUCCCAAUACUGCCGGUACACUGGGGAGAUCAAGACAGGCAAGAAUGUCAAGCAGAUGGUUCGACGUGCUAUUCAGCUAGCUACCAGCCACCCACAGGGCCCUUCAUACCUAAUGGCGGCCCGCGAGGUAAUGGAGGAGACUAUCGAGCCGUAUUCUAUCAACCCCGCUUAUUGGAAACCCGUUGCUCCAUCAGCUCUUCCACAAGAAGCUGUCCAAGAGAUCGCCAACGCCAUGGUCAACGCAUCUGACCCACUUGUCAUCGUAGGCUUCACCGGUCGCAAUCAUGCGGCGGUCGAGCCCCUUGUGUCACUAGCCAAUACUGUCAAAGGUCUUCGCGUCCUUGAUACAGGUUGCUCGGAUAUGUGUUUCCCAGCGGAUCAUCCAGGCUGGCUUGGUAUGAAGUAUGGAGUCGAUUCUGCUAUUGAAAAUGCAGACGUCUUUCUCAUUCUUGACUGCGAUGUUCCAUGGAUCAACAAGCUGUGCAAGCCUAAAAGCUCAGCAAGGAUCUUCCACCUCGAUGUCGAUCCUCUCAAAGAAUCGAUGUUGGUUUUCUAUAUCGAUGCUGAACAAAGAUAUCGCGUGGACGCUGAGGUCGCCCUAAAGCAAAUCACCGAGUAUCUACAAAGCAACCUAGCAGAGACGCUGUCGAGCGUUGAGUUCGACCGACGUGCUCAUGUCUUAUCAAACUCGUACAAAGAGCGCAUUCGUAUCCUUGAUGAGCGAUCCAGACUCCCAGACUCAGGUAAACUCACUACCGACUAUAUUUGCGCCACACUGCGACAAAGACUACCCCAAGACACAAUCUGGGCUGUAGAGGCGAUUACGAAUGCCAUCUUCGUCGCGGAUCAGAUUCGAGCAACUAUUCCAGGACAGUGGAUUCACUGUGGAGGCGGAGGUCUCGGCUGGAGCGGUGGUGGUGCGUUAGGGAUCAAGCUUGCAGCAGACGCUGCUGAUGCCCUGGUUCCUGGCAAGCGCCAGCGAUACGUAGUACAGAUUGUUGGCGACGGAUCCUAUAUGUUCAGUGUUCCAUCGAGUGUAUACUGGAUAUCCGCACGCUAUGGAAUCCCAAUCCUAACCAUCGUUCUCAACAACCUUGGCUGGAACGCGCCACGAAGGUCUAUGCUUCUCGUACACCCCGAUGGGCCUGCUUCACGAGCGACGAAUGAGGAGCUCAAUAUCUCGUUUGCACCUAGUCCGGACUAUGCUGGUAUUGCCAAGGCUUCUAGCAAUGGGUUAAUAUUCGGUGCUCGAGCAGCGAAUUCGGCCGAGUUUUUGGAGGCCCUGGAAGGGGCUGUCGAGAGUCUCGACCGGGGCGUUUCAGCAGUACUGGAUCUUGCUAUUUAG